AUGCACAUCUGGCAUGAUUCGCAUGAAGGUCUCCGGGAUUCCUACGGGUUUAGCAUGAUGACGUACCACCGAAAUACCCCUAUUGAGGUGAAGGCUACUCUUGAUGCAAAACAACGUCGCUUGGAUGAGAUGAGUUUCAUUCGGACUGUGCUGCGAGAUGAACUGCGUGAGCAGUACCACAAGCACGGGGAGUCUGGGGGACGGCAAUUCGAAGAAGCCUUGACUGGCCAAAUGAAAAAGCAUGGAUAUCUUGCACCCGACAAAUCACUGGACGACCUGGAAUUAUGGAAUGAUCUUGCCGGACUGUUUGAAUAUGAUACGGACGACUAUCCAGAGUAUCCUGAUGAGAAGGAUUUUGACCGGGAUUACCCGGGGGAGGAGGAUGUUGAUCAUGAGUAUGCUGGGGAAGAAUACUUUGAUUAA